GAAGAUAGAGUUAACCUAAAAGUAGAACAGAAAGAAAGAAAGAAAGAAUCGAUCCUUGAAAAUGCAGGGUGCAAAGAAAGCAGGAGAAGCCAUGAAGGAAACCGCUGCCAACGUUGGUGCUUCUGCCAAGUCUGGCAUGGAGAAGACCAAGGCCACCGUCCAAGAAAAGACAGACAGAAUGAGGGCACGCGAUCCUCUCCAAAAGGAGAUGGCAACCCAGAAGAAAGAUGAAAGGAUGAACCAGGCGGAGCUGGAUAAGCAGGCGGCGCGUGAGCACAACGCGGCGGCGAAGCAGUCGGCCACGGCGGGUCACAUGGGUCAGGGCCAUUACACAACCGGGACUGGGACUGGAACCGCCACAUACUCCACCACAGGAGAAUAUGGACAGCCCAUGGGGGUCCACCAAACAUCGGCAGUGCCAGGUCAUGGAACUGGGCAGCCCACGGGCCAUGUCACCGAAGGAGUGGUGGGCUCACAGCCCAUUGGGACCAAUAGAGACCCGGGUGGGACAGCUACAGCCCAUAAUACCCGUGUGGGGGGAAACCCAAAUGAGUAUGGAUAUGGGACUGGGGGUACUUACAGUUAAAUAACGAUGAUUAUAUCAUCAGUCUUUUAUAAGCAACAGUUAGAAAAAGAAAAAAGGGUUUCAUAAAAAGAUAAAAGAAAAAGAGGGUUAGCUAAUAUAAUUAGGGGUAUGGUUUGCGUUCAUGUUUGUCUCCUUUUCUCUUCAUUUUUAUUAUGGAGAGUUUGGUGUGGUUUUACAGUAGUCUUUUCGCUUCUACGUGGAGACAAGGCAUUAUGUGUCUUGAAGUUGUAUCACUUUGUUUCAAUUUCAAUUAAUUAAUAAAUAAAACUAUGGUUGUGUAAAAAUAAACAAUCAUUUCACUUUG